AUGCAGAAGCUUUGUUUGAGGGGUGUGGGUGUGGCCGUGGUAGCUUCUUGGAGGAGAUUCUUCAAGAACUUUGUAACUAAUUAUCUGUUGUGGAAGUUGCUUUUGAAGGUGUUUAGGAAGGUAUCUAUGGUGAUUGGUGGUGGUUCUUUAUGGCCAGGUGGUGAGAAGCUUGUGCAAGAAGACUUUAAGAUGAGCAAAGGAAUAAAAAUCAAGAAAGUAGAGGAAGGGAGGGAAAGGAAGAGACUAAGGAUUUUCCUUUCCAUAAUAAAAGACCACAUCAGUAAUCCACAAUAA